AUGAGCAAAACCCGUGUGGCGUUUCUGAUGUGUGUGACAACAGGCAGGCGCGGUGCAGAAAAGGAUAUUGAAGUAAUGAAUAAGUGGUUUGACAAGUACCGGUUUGAAACACCUUCUGGACAGUGCAUAGAUCCUAAGGGGACGGAAAUAUUGCCAGCAUUGGAAGAGUUCCGGGAUCAAAUCAAUCAAUCUGAGGAUGAAAUUAGCUGCUGCCUCAUUACUCUUAUGAGUCAUGGGAGGAGUCACGGCCUCAUUCAGGGGAAAGAUCGUGACACAGUUGAUCUUGAUGAUAUAUUUGCGUUAUUCAACAAUAUACAAUGCCCAAAGCUCCAAGAAAAACCUAAAAUCUUCAUCAUUCAGGCAUGCAGAGGAGGAAAAGAAGACCAUGGAGUUGAAGAAAUAGAGCAUGAAUUCAAGGAAGCUGAUUGUACUUGUAACUUGAUAGCUGUCAGGAGGCUGCCAACAGCUAGUGAUUACUAUGUCGUGUAUUCCACUCAAAAGGGUUAUGUUUCUUUGCGUAACACGGAAAAAGGCUCUAGGAUGAUUGAAGCAAUGGAUGAGGUCUUUUCAGAGCAAGGCAUGAAGUGGCAUAUAGGGGAUUUGUUUACUAAAAUCAAUAAAAACCUGGUGCAUGAAACCUUUAGUAUCCAUGGAUGCCCUGUGAAAGAGACAAUAGUCGUGGAAUCAACUCUGACCAAAGCUGUGUACUUUGCACCUUAACUGAUUGAUCAACGGAAGACUCACUGCCUUUUGAAUUGAACAAAAUACAUAAUAUAAUAAUAGGAGAUACCAAUCACCUAGAACUGGAAGGGACCUUGAAAGGUCAUUGAGUCCAGCCCCCUGCCUUCAC